AUGGCCAACAUCUUGAAAUCCAAUUCAGGAAGAAUCGCACUUCGUUCAAUCACCCACUCCUUGGCGGCGGUGUCAACUACAACUACCAACCACGCUUCUUCACUUCCCUCUCGAUUAUCUUCCGUUCGAUUUCUUCGCAGUGGUCGAGAUCCUAUCUCAAGGAAUUAUGAAACUAUUCCUCCGGUUAAUUGGGGGGUUCGGAUUGUACCGGAGAAGAAAGCGUUUGUGAUUGAGCGAUUCGGGAAAUACGCCAAGACUCUUCCAUCUGGAAUUCAUUUCUUGAUCCCGUUUGUGGAUAGAAUUGCUUACGUGCAUUCCCUAAAGGAAGAAGCAAUUAGUAUUCCUGAUCAGUCUGCUAUCACUAAAGAUAAUGUCACCAUUCUCAUUGAUGGUGUGCUUUAUGUUAAGAUUGUAGAUCCUAAACUUGCUUCUUAUGGGGUUGAGAAUCCCAUUUAUGCUGUUAUUCAGCUGGCUCAAACGACAAUGCGUAGUGAACUUGGUAAGAUCACUCUCGACAAGACCUUUGCGGAAAGGGAUACGCUCAAUGAAAAUAUUGUGGAGUCCAUUAACGUGGCUGCAAAAAGUUGGGGUCUAGAAUGCCUUCGAUAUGAAAUAAGGGAUAUCUCUCCUCCGCGUGGAGUGAAAGCAGCUAUGGAGAUGCAAGCAGAAGCAGAACGGAAAAAGAGAGCUCAAAUUCUUGAGUCUGAAGGAGAAAGGCAGGCUCAUAUAAACAUUGCUGAAGGAAAGAAGAGUUCAGUGAUCUUGGCAUCAGAAGCAUCUAUGAUGGAUCAAGCAAACAGAGCAAGAGGUGAGGCCGAAGCCAUCAUUGCCAAGGCAAGAGCAACAGCUGAAGGACUUUCUGUCGUGUCACAAACCCUAAAAGAAAAUGGAGGACCAGAGGCAGCAAGCUUAAGGAUAGCUGAGCAAUAUAUUCAUGCUUUCAGUAACAUAGCCAAGGAGGGCACCACAAUGUUACUUCCUAGCUCUGCUUCCAAUCCUGCUAACAUGAUGGCUCAAGCCCUUACUAUGUACAAAAGCUUAAUUGGUAAUGUUCCCAGUAAUACGCGCAGUGGGACCGCACCCCCUUCAAUGGCAGGACAAAAAGAAGGAAAUUAUUCAUCUGAUGAGGUUAAAGAUGAGAGCUCAACAACCCUUACUACAAAUAGAGGAAUCCCAGAUCAUCCUGGAACAUCUGGAUUUUCACUUCAGAGUCCCCCAAAUAGGGAGUAG